AUGAGCAGCUUCCCCAUCCUGCACCUUCUCUUGCUCCUGCUUGGAUGCCAAGCCCCACAGGCACAGGGGAGGCCUUUAUCGACACACCUGCCUAAGCAAUACUUCACAAUGAUCAAUGAAAUUAUGGAGAUGUUAAACAAGUCACCCUCGCCUUCAGAAGAACCCUUGGACUCAAAUGAGAAAGAGACCUUGCUGGAAGAUACCCUUCUGAGGCCAAACCUGGAUGUAUUCUUGAAUGCUUCCAGCAAGUUCCACAAAAAUGGAUUGCUAAUCUGGAAUAAUCUUAAGGAAUUCCUGCCACUCCUGCCCACUCCCACACCCAGGGGAGAACCAAUCUCUAUCAUGGAGAAUAAUUGGGGCGAUUUCCAAAGGAAAUUGAAAAAAUAUCUGGAAGCCCUUGAUAACUUUCUGAAUUUCAAGAACAAACCCUGA